UACUACAUUAGUAAAUGAUAAAAAUAAAAAAAAAUAAUUAAAACUCGUCAGUGGCAACUAGUUUGCAGACCGGUAAAGCGCUUAAAGUAUUUCUGAUGAAACAAAUAAAGUGUUUGAGCAUUUGUACAACAACAGUGUGCGGUUGUUGGUACCAGCGACCAGGUAACUGAAGCCACGAACUCAGACCCGAGUCACUGUCCAGCAACUAAAGAAAGGGAAAGCAACAUCAGCUACCGCACAUUUAACUCAGUCUACCAGACGCCUUUUGCGAUACAGUCAUACAUUUUAUCUUAUCCAGCUCAUCCUUCGCUAAAAAUGGUGAAUAAAUUAGACAGUUGACAAAGGACACGAAGCCUCUCCAUCAGUCUCGAUGACUUAACAGCCAUGAUAAACAUAUUUAUUUAAAUCUCAAGAUAAUAAUAAUAUUAAUUUAUAAUGUUAAAUCCAAUACUUGGUAUUUCGCCAGUCUGGUGGCUAAUUAUUUACGCCGGGGUUCUGUUACUAUUGUCACCGGUCGUACUUGUUUUGAUAAUAUUUUUACCAAAUUUUCCAUUGCUACUGUUAAGACGAAUGUGUUACAUUCCAAUCGAGCCGAUAUAAAAUGCCAGAGCUCAAGACUCAAGGCCACUUGUAGCCUUUUUGUUGUCAUCUGUAAGAAUUUUCUUUGCCUUUGCCAUUUAAAUAAUAAAUAAUAUAUAUACAUACAUAAAUAUAUAUGUAUAUAUAGAUAAUAACAAUUGUCUUAAUGGAGUGUUUAUUUUAAAAUUAAUUAAGAAUAAGUUUAAUGACAAACAAAUGGCGACUGGUUCAAUCAAUCAGUCGCGAGUCCUGAGGUUUAUUUACGCGCAUUCACGUUGCAGUACUAGUUGUAAUAAUAAUAUAAUAAUGUCACACAUCAAGUACUUUCGCCAACUGGGUAUGUAAGUGGGAGUUUAUGUCUGGAGUGGUCUGGAGACCCUGGUUUCGAUCACGUAUAUACAAGGUACCAGGUCGAGAAUCCUGAUACUUGUUAUCUACUGCUCACGGACUGGUGCUCAGUAUAAUAUGGAUUUAUUCUUACGUAUUUUAUUGCUGACAUGUUUGCUGUCGUUAAAAAUAUCAGCAGAAGCAUCGCCAAAGUUGUUGAAGAAUCCAAAAGUUUACAAUGUCGUGGUGACGAGUGACCAGAACCUUCAGCCAUCGCAAGCUUACCCAGUAGUCCAGCCUGUAGCUCAGAGUCAGGUCGUUGGUUACUACCCGCCUUAUUACGGUGGAUAUUAUCCGUACCCAUAUGGAGCUUACGGACCCUAUGGACCCUAUGGACCUUAUGGUUAUGGACCAUGGGGCCCCUACGGCCCUUACGACCCAGUGCCUCUGGUCCCAGGAGUGCCUUUUGAUCCCCGAAUGCCGUAUCCGAAUCCAAACCAACCAGCAAAUCCACAGCCCGCUGACAACCCGAACACUGAAUCAGUCAGCAAAGAAAUGAAAGAAGUGUCUAUCAACUUCGGCAAGCAAACCGAUGGUUCAAAAAACUCCGAGGUUGAUGACAUGUCUAAAGAAGAGAAGGACAAAGACAAAGACCGAGUGCCUUUGACUUUCUACCCGAGCACGCAGUCAUCAGUUUACUUCAAUCCAUACUAUUACGGUCACAACUUACCUCCUCAUGUACCACCACCUGGAACUUACUACUUAAAUUAUCAACCCGCAGGUCCGAUUCCAGUACCAGCGGCUCUUCUGCCUCAACAGCCUCCUAGCACUCGUUUAGCUCCUCAAGAAAAUUCUGCUAAGCGACCGGCUAACAUCCAAGAAGCUAAAGAAACUAAACAAGAAACUCAAACUAAAAUCCCUGAUGUUCCGCCGCCUCCAGUGCCAACCAAAAAAAGUUUAUGAUUUUUAUUUUUACCAACCACUUAGUCACGUAAAGACACUUAAUAAUAAUAAUAAUAAUGAUAAUUAGUUCUACUUACUGUUAGUUUUUAAAAAUUAUCUUUUUACCCACCGCAAAAAACAACAAAAAAACAUUGUCAGCUUCUUGUUCUUUUAAUAAGAAUU